AUGUCAUUAACCGAACAAAUUGUCAUAGUUGAUAAUAAUACCGAUAAUAUUAACUCUAUUUCUACUUUGGAUGAUGUUGGAGCUACUUUGAUGUUUCCAAAAAAAUAUAUGGAUAAUACUAAUUCAAUUUUAGUAAACGAUUAUGAUAACAGUAUGAAUAAAAAAGUCAAUUUAACAGCAACAACAACAAACGAGCCAAAUGAUACACAUUCAACUGGUCACUCAACUGGUCGUUCUACCCCUGAUCUAUAUGAUGCAAAUUUCCCUAGUCUUUCAUCAAAUACAUCAACUGCUUCUUCCACUUCUUCCACUACAACCAUUAAUUAUAGCAGUAUUGUUAAUAGUAACACUGACUGUGUUAGUAAAAAUGAUAGGAAUGCCAUUGUCACAGAAAAUUUGGAGUUAGCUGCAUCACAACAUAAUAAUCCUCAACAACAAAAAAGAUCCAAAAAUCAAAAAAAUCAAGCAGCAGAAAUUAUUAGACGAGUGAUGGAACGAACUAAUACAAAAAUAAAUGUAGAUCCUGGUGCGAAAAGUUCUGUUGUGACUUUUUUAAUUGAGGGAAAAGAUGAAGAUGUUGCUAAUGCAAAACGUAUUUUAAUUGAUAAACUCGGUCUUAAAGAUGAAAUUACUAUUCAGGUUCCUGCAUCAGCCCGUUCUCAUUUAUUGGGACCUCGUGGUACAACCCUAAAGUCAAUCACUAAUUCAACUGGUGCACGCAUCACACUGCCACCACGUUCUAAAAAUCCAAGAGAAGAAAUGAGAAAGUCUGAAUUGGAUUACGACGAGGAUGAGGAAAUGAUGAAUGUGACAAUUUUUGGUGAGAUGUGUGCUGUUUGUAAAGCAAAAGUUGAAAUUCAAGACCUUAUAAAAUCUAUGUGUGCAACUAAAAGGACACAUUAUAUUAAACACAUCGAAAGUAAAUUUUAUCCAUUGAUUGCUGGCGCACAUAAUCAACGUAUUAAUCAGCUUGGUCUUGAUACUGGUACAAAAAUUCAUGUCCCUUCUUACAACCCUACCAAUUCCAACAACACAUUCAUUGAUGCAGACAAAAAUUAUAUUGUUAUUACUGGUGAAAGAAAUUCAGUUAAGAUUGCAAGCGAAAUGAUUGAAGACCGUUAUGAAGAUUUGAAAAUUAAUACACGUACUCUUAAAUUCGAGAUUCCAAAACGUCAACAUAAAUAUUUAAUUGGUCCAAAGGGUGCAACUCUUCAAGAAAUUCUUGAAACAACAGGUUGUAUACUAGAAUUACCACCGGCAACUGAUCCAUCAGCGAACGUAACAAUUCACGGACCACAAAACCAAUUAGCAGAUGCUAUAAAAACUGUAAUGAAAAAAGCAAACUCUAUGCAUGUUCAAAUACUUGAUAUUACUGACCUUCAUCACACGGAAAAUCCAAUGAAACAUUCUAUUAAUAUUUUGAAAUAUUUGUGGAAUAGAAGCAAGUUGAAGAACGUUGAAUCUAAAACUGGCGUAAAAAUUGUUACUCCAAAGAUUACAGCAUCAGCAGAAACAGAAAUGAAGAAUUUGGUUAUGGAAUUUGUGAGUAAAGUACCUGAAGAUGUAGAAAAUGCUAGAAAAGAAAUCACCGAAAUAAUCAAAAACUUGCCACCUAGUUAUUUUGAUGUGGUAGAAAUUAAUCCAAAAUUUCAUCGACAUGUAAUUGGUCGUAAAGGACAAAAUUUACAAAGAGUCAAAGAUGCUUAUGGUGUUGAAAUAAUAGUUCCUGAUGAGAAAGAAGCCAAUCCCGAGAUAUUGAUAGUUUUUGAGGGUAGAAAAGGUGUCAAGGAAUUUUCUGAUAGAAAGAAAAAAGAACUUUACAUUAAGGAAAUAAUGGAAAAAGUGAAAAAUGAAUUGUUAAAAGUGGAACGUGAUUCGUCAUCGGAUUUUUCUACUCAGACAUUAGUUGUUCCUGUCAAGUAUCAUCGGCAUAUUAUUGGACCUAAAGGGAUUAAUUUGAAUGCGAUUAUUCAUAAUGAUAAUGGUAGUGGAUGUUCAUCUGUUUCAGUAAAAUUUGGGUCAUCUAAAUAUUCAGGUGUAGAUGAUCGAUCGUCAAAUGCACAAGAAGUUUCAGAUGAUUCUAUUAUAGUUAAAGGACCUGUUAAAGAAGUUGAAAGAAUAGUUGAAGAAAUUAAUGAAAAAGUAGAAGAUAUUAAACGUGUUGAGAAUAUGAAAUCGUUUACGGCAGAAUUUACAAUUCCGGCGAUUUACUCCUCACAUAUUAUUGGUAAAGGAGGGAGUAAAAUAAAAUUUAUCAGAGAGAAUUACAACGUCAGGAUAGAUAUAGAUAACAAGAAUGUCAAUAAAAGCAACAGUGGUAACGAAGAAGAUGAGACUGUUAAUGUUAAAAUAGUUGGGAUGAAAGUUUAUGUUGAGGAGGCUAGGAGUCGAAUUCUAGACACGAUUGACAAAUUACAAGAAGAAAAUGUUGUUUGUGUGAAUAUUUCACCACAUUAUCAUGCUUCAUUGAUUGGUGCCAAAGGUAAAACGGUUAGAAAUCUAGAAGUGAAACACGGUGUACGUAUUAAAUUUCCAAGAAAUAAGAAUUACAAGAAUCAUCCUACCAUCACUCCUAGUAUUAGUAGUGACAUUGAUGAAGAUGUAGGAGAUGGUGAUGAAGGAGAAGGAGAAUUUGAACGUGAAUUUGAGCAAAAUAAUGAAGAAGAUUUAGGUUUAGACCCAGAUGUAGAAAAAUCUGAUGAAGUAUUAAUAAUCGGUGGUAAAAGAGGAGUUAGUGAGGCUAGAACAGAAUUGCUGGAUCUUUUACACUACGCGCAAGAUCAUGAUAAUAUUCUCAGUUUCACUAUUCCAGCCAAAUGUUUGCCACAUGUUGUUGGCAAGAACGGAAGAAGAAUCAAAGAGAUUAAGACUGACACAUUUACAAAGAUUUAUAUUAGUAAACCAAUAACUUUGAAUGUUGAUGACAGCAAUGAUGAUAAUAAUAAUAAGCUAUAUGAGCAAGUUGUUAGAGUAAAUGUGCGUGGUAAUAAAAGGGAUAAUAUCAAGGCCCAGAACAAGAUUUUGGAGAUUGUUGAAGAAUUUGAAAAACAAACAACAAUCAUUAUGAAUAUUGAUCCUAAACAUCACAAGUUUUUGAUCGGACCUGGUGGUAAUCGUAUUAAAGAGGUUAUAGCAAAAGCUGGUGGACCAGAGGAUAAAAGUUCUCAGGCCGGGAUUGUUAAGUUUCCUCGACUUGAUGAUGGUGGUAGUAGAAUCAAUGAGGUUGUAAUUAAAGGAAGUGAAGAACUUGUGAAAAAAAUUAAAGAAGAAUUUGAAAUUUUAAUCGAAGAACAAGAAAAUUUAAUUAUCGAUAUUAUUAAGGUUCCCAGAAAUGAACAUUCAGUUAUUAUAGGCAGGAAUGGGUCCCAACUUCAUAAUAUUCAAAAUAAAUUUAAUGUUGAGCUUUAUUUCCCUGGUUCACGCUCAUAUAAUCAAAUAACAGUGACACAAAAAAUUGAACAACAGCAUGAAGAUUUGAUAGAUAAUAAUGAUUUAGUAAAAAUAGUGGGGAAAGUUGAAGACAUUAAACUUGCCAAAGAAGAAAUAUUAUCAAAACUUCGAUAUGAAUAUGUGUUCAAAUUCCCAUGUAAAUUCUACAGUAUAAUUAAUAAUAACGGAUUUACAUCGAGAAAAUUAAGAAAUGAGUACCAUGUAAUGGUUGAAAAUCAAGAAGAUGAGUGGAAACAAACCUCAACAAUUAUUAAUAAAAAACCAAAUUUCAAAAAGUCUACUAAAGUUAUUUUUGAGGUAGAAGAGGAGGAAGAAGAUAGAAUUGAAAAUGUGAAAGAAAAAAAAUCUAAAGAAAUUUCUUGGACACUUAAAGGUGUAAAAGGACAAGUUGAUCAAGCUGUAAAAUAUUUAAAUGAAUUAUUAGAACAAGCGGUUAAUGAAUGUACUGGAUAUUUAUCAAUUCCUCAAAUGUAUCAUGGACAUAUUAUUGGACGUAGAGGAUCAACUAUUUCACAUAUUAGAGCAGAGAGUCGAUGUAAGAUUGAUGUUCUCAAAGUUAACGGUGAUGAUAUGAUUGUAAUCAUUGGAAGCAAAGAAAAUAUUAUGAUAGCUAAAAAUAUGAUAUUUGAAGUAUUAAUUAACUUGAAAAAAGAACAAAAUAGUAGAAAAUCUUAA